GUGGGGCAGGGCGCAGGUCGGAUUGUAAAGCAGCACAGAGGCUCCAGUGACCUUCACAGGACGUCCCACAAUAACAGCAGCAGCACCACACUGGUCGGAGCCUGAUGACCUGACGGGACGCUGAGCCACCAGGGGGCAGUGUUUGGCUCCAGUCAAGCUGGCCCACCCUGCUGCUCCUUCUCUUCCUUGUUUGUCUUCGCCCCCAGAGACCCACCUGGACUCCCAGACACCCUCUUCCCUCCAUGAGGGGCAGGAGGAGGCGUUGGGGGUCCCGAAUGCGGACCCCCGGUUUCAUCACCUUCCUCAGACCCUCGGAGUCACGGGACGGCCGCGCUGCCGCGAUGUGUCCACCCUCACAGACCUGUGUUCAGACCUGCCGGAGCUGGAGAUCGUCAGCCUGCUGUCUGAAGGUCAGCCCAGCUACACGCUGCGCGCGGACAGCAUGUUUGGCUACGAUUAUGAUGACUGGCUGCACACCCCUCUGCUGCCACCAGGUGUCACUCUGGGACUCACACAUGAGCAGAUUGAAGAGACGCUCAAAUACUUCUUGUUGUGCUCAGACAGAGUGGGUGGGGUCACCAGGACGUAUCACGACAUUAAAGCGGUCAGCCACCUGCUGGAGGAGAAAGAACGCGAUCUGGAGUUAGCGGCCCGGAUCGGGCAGUCCCUCCUAAAACAGAACCAGGAACUAACGGCACGAAAUGAACUGCUGGAUGAACAGCUUGAAAUUGCAAAAGAGGAGAUUGCUCAACUUCGCCACGAGCUCUCGAUGCGAGACGACCUCCUUCAGUUCUAUGCUGGUACUGAGGAACUGGAGAACGCAGAGUCUCGCUCGAUAAUGAAGAGAAACGAAUCGUGCGCUUUGCUCACCAACUCCGCCCACUAUGACUUCGUGCAGCAGAAACUGAGGAGUUUAGAGGACGAGAAUCGCAAACUGCGAUUGGAGGCUAAUGAGCUGGUGUCUGAGACGAGCAGCUAUGAGGAGCAGGAGCAGGAACUAAUGAUGGUGUGUGUGGAGGAACUCUCUUCUGUCAACAAGCAGGUGUUUGACUUGUCUGAGGAACUGGCACGAAAGGUGGAGGACUGUGUGCGACAGCAGGAAGAGAUCAGCUCUCUGCUCGCUCAGAUUGUCGACCUGCAGGCUCGCUGCAAAACGUUGGCGCACGAGAACGAGGAGCUGAACCACAACCUGUGUGCCUCUCGUGAGAACCAGUUCAAGCUUCAAUCUGAGGCAAGUUUCUGUGCGCUUUUAUAG